AUGUCGCACGGCAAGCAGAUCACGCUCUUCACUCAUAAGAGUGGUCCGAAUGGCUGGAAGGUCGCGAUUGUUCUCGCUGAGCUUGGUCUCAGCUACGAGAGCGUCUAUCUCGACUUCAACAAGGGCGAGAACAAGGCUGAAGCACACACCAAGUACAAUCCCAAUGGACGUAUCCCAACCAUCAUCGAUCACGCGAACAACGACUUCGUGGUUUGGGAGUCGGGCGCGAUCCUCACUUACUUGGUAGAGAAGUACGACAAGCAGCACAAACUGUCCGUCAGUGGCUUUGAAGACAAGAUCAUUCAAUUGCAGUGGAUUUUCUUCCAGGCCAGCGGUCAGGGCCCGUACUUCGGUCAGGGUGUGUGGUUCAGCCUCUACCACCCGGAGAAAGUACCCAGCGCCGUCGAGCGUUAUCAGAAGGAGGCCGUCCGCGUGCUAGGCGUCCUUGAGAGUGUUCUGUCCAAGCAGGAGUGGCUUGUCGGUGGCAAGUGCACAGUCGCAGACCUCUCGUUCGUCCCGUGGAACAGAUUUGCUUUUGGCGGCCUCCUCAAGGAUUUCGAAGGCUUUAAUUUGGAGAAGGACUUCCCGGCGGUUGCUGCGUGGCACGCAAAACUGCUGGCGAGAGCCGCCGUCGCGAGCGUCUUCGCUAUCAAGGAGUCUUCCUAA